GUGGAGUGCAGGGGUGGGAGAGAGCCACACCGAGCUACAGUUUUGUUUACAUCCAACGUUAAUUAAUCGGUUUGCGUACGUGGCUCGUGUGGUGUUGAUGGGCUCCAUGUCACGCUUCUGCGGGUGCUGCGUCGGAGGUUAAUGCUCGCGUAAUGGAGACGUGCAUCUUCACACAGGUGUAGCAACCGCUCGCCGUUGUUAAAGUAGCCUGCCAACGCAUCUGCUGCUCAUCGGUGUGCAGUUAUCCAGCUUGGGCGUUUCAGUUACCAGCCGACACCACAGAAGAUGAGGAGAGGAGGCCAGCCGAUGAUGUGGUCAAGAUAAAUGACCGCUCUUACUUCGCACUUGGGCUUAUUUACUGGCUUCUCAAUCGGGAUCCGAAAGACUUUGAACGUGUCUGGCUGAAUGCACUUGUUGACAUGUUCGGGAUUUGCUGUCACUGGCAUUUGUGUUGUGAGUUUCCUCGUUGGUCCUACUUCAUCGCCUUCGUACCUCCUCUAACCAGGGUCUCAUUUCCGACACUUGCCAUAUAUCGAAGCAUGAUACCAUUUAUGUUGUUUUUUUGCUUUUAUCCUUUCAUUGUUUUGUGUGUUUUAUUGUAACCCCAUAGGUGAGAUGUUUUGUACCCCUAGUUAACGCCUAGCUUGAUGAGAAAGAUAAUCCGUUCAUAUUUCUCGUGGUUUUGAAGAUAUUAUCUUAUAAUACAAUCCUGCUCUUAAAUUCAUUUCUAUUCUCACAAAGUUCCAGUAGCCAGCCGCACUUAUCUUUUUCGGCGGGGGAAACCAGAGCAUUAUCUUGGAACGUUUAUGCUAUUACUUUUACCUGGUGCUUUUUUACUUGUGCUCUUUUAUGCAUGUUUGAAUACGCCCGUUGAAGCACUUCCCCGUGAUCACAACCGCUUGCUUUGGUUACCGCAGUUUUUUUGGCCAGUGGUUAUUUUCAUACACUAUGAAUACGUGUAGCCCGCAUCAUCAAUUUUCUUUAGAUUUUUCUUGUGCACUGAGAACUGCAACGAUGAGCGAUAGCGAGGAUGAGGAUUAUGAAAGUGCUGACGAGGGAGGUAAGUCCAUCAUCGAGGACCAUUGCGCCUCAUGCUCUUGGACAGGCAAUGCAGACCCAAAGCUCAUUGGAAAGCUUGAAGCAGCCACUUCAGUUCAUUGUAACACAGUUUCUGGAACAAUAGAACACGAUGCCCACAAUCGAAAAAUGGACUCGCUGGAUCCCAUAUGUCCAUCACAGGGAGCAACCUCCAAUUAUCACGCCACGGAUCCCUCGACACGUGACUCCUGUCUUCUAUCAGAUCAAACCAUUGGAGCUCGAAGAAUGAUCGCAGCUGUGGACAACAAUCCAACCGCUUCCGCACUGGAUAUCUCAGCUCACCCACCAGUCUACUAUCUGCCAGAGGAUAAAUACGAGUCCACCACCACCGAAAAACUGGAACGGACCAAGUUCCCAGGGACGGAAUUGUAUAGCACUCAAAACUUGUGUUCGGCUGUCACCGCUCAUUAUGAAGAAUCAGUACGCACCUUUAAGCCGUCGUCUUGCGACACCUCUAACACCCUCCCGGAUGCUGGUGACGUGUCACUUCGCCCCGCCACAACCUUAGAUCGGGUUAGUUCACUGCCUUUAAAGGAUGGUAAUUAUCGGCCCAAAAUAUGCGAAAUCGAUCGCAAAGAGAGAGAUGUAGAAGAAAGAGAUAAACCAAACGUUCAAUCAGAUGCUCUUGGUCCUGUUUGUGCCUCUGAUGAAGGAUGGGAGAUUGAAAGUGUGCCGGACAUUCCAGCGGAGGAUAUGGCCGCGAGUGAAACUGAACUAGACUUCGAGAACCAUGUAUGCAAAGUUGUUGACUCGUCAGAUGAGCGUCACCGUUCUACUGCCGGGUUCCCCUCAUUCGAACCAUCCACUGGGGAUUGCAGAAUCGAAGAAGAGCCUGUAUCUGGUUGGACGUGGUCCGCUGUUUCUUCCUUCGCCCAACACCUAACUUCUUUUCAAACCAAGGGUCUCAAUCUUGUCUACGAAGGUGUAAAUGUACUCGAAAAGAUUGGAAAGAAAACCAUGUCUGUUCUGGAAGAAACCGAUCCUGGUUUCAAGUAUACGAAGCAGUUUCUCCGGCCGCCUGGCCUGCACGAUCGGCCCAACCUCUCAAAGGUAGUUCGCGAAGCUUAUGAACGCCAGAUUGCUUGCGACCAGUCUAAAGAAAGCUUCAUGAAAAGUGCGCCCGGCAGAAAUAGCUUUGCAACUCAGUUGGAAAGUAAUCAUGGCCUGGUACAUCUGGAAGCCUUAGAAAUGAUCAGCGAUCGAGCGGAAUCUCAACUUUACAUUCUUCUGUCUAAAGCGGCAGAUAAAUUAUCACUCCACAACGACCUAUUAGAAUCCAUAUGGACGGCGUUACAGCUCGACUACGAGGGUGAAUCCGAAGAGACGUGCAAAUUUCCAAAUGUGACUGAGCUAAACUCCUUGGCUGAACAGGAUGUUCCUCAUGGUGGUGGGAGCUGUCUGCGUCCGAGCAACUUACCCGAGCAGUACAUGUUGCUUUGGAACACGUUCCAAAUUACCUUAGAGAAGCUGAAACCAGUUCAUCCAACGGAGCAUUUGAUGGGAGUAAGUUAAAGUGACCUUUCCUGGAGCGCUUGUGUGUCCAUACCCAGAUUCGUAUGCUCGUUUCUUUUUUGUUUUAUAUCAGAUAGUUGUCAAUAUAUGGAACGGGAUAGAGCGCGACCGAACGGAGCCAGAAUCACAAGUACGUGGUUCAUUUAUUUUACAAUGUUUAUGCAGUUUUCGGCAGUAAAAACCUUACGACCGACCGGCGAACGAGCAGCUAUCCCUCGAUAACUAUUUCAAGGUGUGCAAUAUCUUUGCCUCAGUUACUGAAGUGGAUCUUUUGUCUCAUUGCGUUGGUCAAAACGGGUUUUAUACAAUUCGAGACUCGCUUAGAACCACAAUCCUGGGUCUUGCACUUAUACUUAGCUCAUCUUAAUCCUUCAUUAACCCAGUCCGUCUUCCAGUCAGCAAUUGCGGCCCUGGCCAAAGCGACCUCCGCCGAUCUGGAGUACCUGCACAAGAUGUCCGAAUGCGUUCUUGUUCAAAUUCAAGGGCAACAGACAGAUCCCAUCUCCCUCGCGUCAGUUACCGCAUCGCUUAUCCACACAUCAAUUUUACUGAACAGUGCAAUGUGUGACGUCUACAUCAAAAUUAUCAAAUCUCUGCACAGCACAACGGGCGACGAUCCCGAUCGGCAGCCUGUGUCUCCAGAUAUGCGACCCAGUCAACUGGUAGCGAGUUUGAUGCUAGAGUGCAACAACGCAGAAGACUACAUGAAGAAUGCUGCCCGUUUGCUAAUCCCUGUCCUUCAGCUGGCGUAUGUCAAGUGCCACCUAGCAGACUGAACCCUCGGUGAUGAAUACCGCUUGUCUUUCGCUUUUAACCCCUAUAAAAUACAACAAUAUUCCUCCACGCU